UGUUGUUUUGGUUAUUAAAAUUUACUUCGAAGAAAAACGAUAAACAAACAAAAAUUAGAAAAAAGGGAAUUGCAUUUUAAAAAUUACCAUUAAUAAAGAAGGUUUUUAUUUCGAGCUUUGGUUGCAUCGAUGUUAAAUAGUCAAAGUGUUGGCGAUAAAUCUAAAUAAAUGACCCAAUAAUAUGACAGUUAGAGGUAUAGAAGCCAUUAAACUGUAUAUGCCACCAAACACUGGGAAAUUGGAUGCAAAUGUUAGGGAGGAAAAAGAUACAAGCACAACAUUAAAUGAUAAAAAAUCACUUGAAACGACAAUGACAUCUGUGGAACGUUAUAGACAAGAAUGGCUACAGCUGCUAAAAACUCUAGAUGAUAAACCUGAAGCAAUAAGAGAUUUGGCCUUUGAAGGCCAAUUAAAGAUUUCAAAGUUUCGCAGUGUAUACUGGUCUUUGCUUUUGAGGGUUUUAAAUGAAGACCAUAGGACUUGGUGCUUACAGCGGGAACAGCAACGUAAAUGUUAUGAAAAGUUGAAGCAAGAAUUUGCCAAAAAUCCACACCAAUUAGAUGGAAAUUUGUCGAAUGAAAAUGAUAACCCUUUAUCGCAGUCGUCUCAGAGCGUCUGGAAUCAAUACUUUAGCGAUCAAGAGUUAUUUGCGGUUAUCAAGCAAGAUGUAGUAAGAACAUUUCCCGGAGUAGAUUUUUUUCGUAAACCGCUCGUGCAGAAUUCAAUGUGCAACAUUUUAUUUUAUUACGCACGUGAACAUCCCUAUAUGAGUUAUCGGCAGGGUAUGCAUGAAAUUUUGGCACCAGUUAUCUUUGUUAUGUAUGGAGAUCAUCAGUCUUUGCUACAUUUCAGAGAAAUUGCCAAGAAUGUCGAAAUUGAUAAUACACUUUUGAAUGUUUUGAAUCCCUCUUAUUUGGAAGCUGAUUCAUAUUUUAUAUUCUCCCGUAUAAUGUCUUCAAUUGAAUCGUACUAUCGUGUUAGUAAUAGUUUACCAACUAAACUAAAUGGUGCCAACAGUCCAUUGCCCACAUCUGGGAUUGAGAAUAAUCCCAACUACAGUUCCGAAGUUGAAGUAGUCGGUCAAUUGAAUUUGAUACGAGAUAAAAUAUUAGCUAAAGAAGAUUUACACUUGCACAAUUAUCUAAUGAAAUUAGAUAUACCAUUACAUAUUUUCGGAAUUCGUUGGCUAAGAUUGUUAUUUGGACGUGAGUUUGCAUUAUUAGACUUACUGGUGCUGUGGGAUGCAAUAUUUGCUGACAGUGAUCGUUUUGAUUUGCCCAAUUAUAUAGUUGUGGCAAUGUUGAUACGUAUUAGAGACAAAUUAUUACUUAGUGACUAUACGACGUGCUUAACUUAUUUGAUGCGUUAUCCAACUAAUGUCGACAUCAGUUUAAUUCUCAGACAUGCUUUGUAUAUGCAAAUGCCCAAGAAAUAUGAUCGACCCACCAACGCGUUUGUGUACUUCAAUAUGCCAUCUAUAAAUAGAGCAAGUCAAGUGGCGGACAAUGGAGAAAGCUAUAAUAAAACCUCAAAUGGCGAGCAAAUGAAUCGUAUCAGAUCUACAUCUUUGGGAGAUAAUGCUGCGCGCAUGGAAAGACAAAUAACUCUGAUGCAAACGCGCAAUGCAGCGGACGAAGCAAUGAUGGCAAGACUUAAGCAGGCAUCUGAAGAAAAUCGUUUGGCUAUGGAUGGUUAUAAGGACAAUAAUCCUGAAUUAGUACGUUUAGAACUAAAAAAUGCACAAACGGUAAUAGCUGUGGCUCGUAGUAAAUUGCAAACGUAUUUAAAUAACAUACGUCAUCAUAUGCCUAAACAAUCAUCUCCCGAAGUUGCAAUCGCAUUAGAUGGCAUUGAGGAGUUGUGUCAGUUCUUAGACGUUAAAUUCAUGUUUCCUCUGCAUUCUCGUUCGGGGCCAAUAGAUCAAGCCCUAGAAGCUAAUGAGCAACAAUUAAGAAAUCAAAAACAAAAGACUGAAAUAUCAACAAAAAUUAAAAAGCCUGAUGAUCUCAAUCCAUUAUUGAACAGUGAACGCUCUAACGCUUCCACUAGCGCAGUUCAAGAAGACGAACAAGUUUGUAGUUAUGAAAAGCCUGACAUUGGUUUCAUGUUGCAAUCGACACGACUUCUAGGCAACACCAAAGAAAUUGAACUGAUACCAAUAGUCUCUGAUGAAAAAAUUGCUGAUCCCUCAAAUGCCAAUCGUUCGAAAAAUAAUUUAGGUUUGCCAGUUGCCGAUCCAACCAAUUUUAAUUGUUAGUGGAUAAUAAUAUUUUCCUCCUCAUUUCACAUUAUAUAAUAUAUUUCAUAGAUAUUUCAAUAGAUCAAUAGUAAUGAAGUACAUUUAUACGUAUAAAGGAUUAAAAAGACAUACACAUAUACAUAUUAAAAAAAUAUCAUCAUUCCAAUUUAUUGAUCAAUCAUUUGUUGUAAUUAAUUAAAUAGUUUACAUUUGACAAAAUGUAGCGUUUGAUGUUAAUGAUGGUAUUUUAAAUUAAAAAAAAAGAUUAUAAUUAAUAGUAAUAAUAAAAUGUUGUAAUUUUCUGAAGUCAAUAAACAGCAAACGAACUAAUUCAAUUAGUAAAUAUCGUAA